CGCGCAACGCGAUUGAACUGUCGGAGUGUCGGCAGUGUUUUGAGUUCUGUGACCGAGUGCAAACGUGACUACGGAAAAUUGGACGUUUUUCAGCGGCGCACGUCAAUUAUAUUUGAACAGAGACUGGACACUAAUCGACACUAAUUCGGACACUUGUGGUUUUCGACGAAACGGACAGUGUGAGACAAACAAGCAAGUCAACAGGUGAAACCCGGGAGUUGAGAUCACUUUUUUUGUUUGGUCGCCAUGUGAUUUAUCGCGCUCGAUUGCCAGCGGACGAGUGAAUCACGAACAGGCAAAAUCAUGGGGAACUCAAGCGCAAAAAACGAGACCAUCACGUUGCAGGACGCUGGACACAGCGGCACCCUGAAGGCUCGGCCCACCACCCUGGUGACCCGGUCACAAUUGACCGGUUCGAUCAGGACCAGCACCCUCAGGGCUUCGACCCGGGGCGAAAAAAUGCAGCAGCCGAUGCCCAGGGAUGUCAACGAGAUCGAGAAGAGAUUCACAAAAGUUUUGAACUCAAUGGACUUGCCAAUGGACAAAGCGAAGCUGCUGAAGCAGUACGACCUAGAGAAAAAAUGGGACAUGAUCUGCGACCAGGAGCUGGUGCACGCAAAGGACCCGCCCUCCCAUUACCUCAACAAGCUGACGACCUACCUGGACCCAAGAGCGUCCCGCAGUGCCAGGAAGCGGCGCAUGGUGUUGGACUCAACGUCAACUCAAGUCCUGCGGGACCUUGAGAUCUCACUGAGGACAAACCACAUAGAGUGGGUCAGAGAAUUCCUCAAUGAGGAGAACAAGGGGCUGGAUGUUCUCGUGGGCUAUCUUAGUUUUCGGCUCAUGAUGCUAAGGAGAGAGCAAAAAGGUGACCACGAUGAAGCGCCUUCACCCAACGGUUCCUUUAUUGGAGCCACCAACCACAACCGGCCCACGCUAAACAUCCCUGACAGUCCGAGUGUCAAAAGACAGUCUCGACACAUUGCAAAACUCAACAUGGGCGAGAGCCUGGGCGACAUCCACGUCUGCAUUAUGUGCCUCAGAGCCAUUAUGAACAAUAAAUAUGGCUUCAACUUAGUAAUUCAGCACAGCGAGGCCAUCAACUGCAUAGCUCUCAGCCUCAUCCACAAAAGUCUGAGAACCAAAGCUCUGGUCCUUGAGCUUUUGGCCGCAAUUUGUUUGGUCAAAGGCGGUCACGAAAUAAUUCUCGGCGCUUUCAACAACUUCAAGAAUGUUUUGAGCGAGAAAAAGAGGUUCCAAACUCUUAUGCAUUAUUUUAUGAACGAGUCCUUUUACAUAGACUUCAUGGUUGCGUGCAUGCAGUUUGUCAACAUCAUUGUACACUCCGUAGAGGACAUGAACUUCCGAGUUCAUCUGCAAUACGAAUUCACUUCUCUGGGUCUGGACCAGUAUCUAGAAAAUCUGAGGCAUACAGAAAGUGAAGAACUCAAGGUGCAAAUAUUGGCUUACUUGGACAAUGUUUUUGAUGUCCAUGCCUUGAUGGAAGAUAGUGAAUUAAAGACUGUGGCUCUCGAAAGAGUAGCUGAUUUGGAGGAAGAGUUGGGACAUGCGCAUGACAGGUUAGCAGAAGUUGAGCGAGAAUCGCUUUACAAAAUUGCCGAGCUUGAAACUGCCCUGGCCAACAUGAGAACAGAACGAGACGAACUGUUGAAUAAGUGGCAGUCAGCGGACCACGAAGUCAGCACCCUUAGGAAGCAGUUCAAUGCAAAAGAGUCAGAAAGUCUGAAACGACAGUCUUUGCUCGAAAGCAAAAUUAAAGAGCUCCAAGCAAGCUCAUUGUCUGGAGACAACUCCUCAUCAUGUUCCUCACUCUCCUCACCUAGUCAUUCCUCAAGUUCUCUUCCAACCCCUGCUCCCCCGCCGCCAGCACCGCCAAUGCCCAUGGCAAAUCAACCGCCGCCGCCACCUCCUAUGAUGGGCAAAGGACCACCCAUGCCUCCGCCACCUCCGGGAAUGAUGGCAGCGCCAGACGGAGCAAUGACCAUCAAAAGGAAAGUGGAGACCAAGCACAAGCUACCCACCCUCAAUUGGGUUGCGAUGAAGCCGAAUCAAGUCAGAGGAACCGUGUUCAAUGAGCUGGAUGAUGACAAAUUGUUCAACAUCAUUAACUUCCAAGAGUUUGAAGAGCAGUUCAAAAUUGGAAACACAUCACUGGCUUAUGCAAAUAAUUCAGAAGUCGAUGGGCUGAACACAUAUCCCAGCAAACGGUUCAAGAAACCAGAGACUAUUUCACUCCUAGAACACACUAGACUAAGAAAUCUAGCUAUUUCAAGACGCAAAAUUGACAUGACAAUAGAGAGACUAAUUUCUGCUCUCAACUCUUUGGAUUUGAAGCAGUUGUCCCUUGAAAAUGUGGAAAUCAUCCAAAAGAUGCUGCCGACAGAACAAGAGACUAAACUGUACAAAGAGUAUGUUAUUGAGCGGAAAAAUAUCGAUCUGUUGUCUGACGAAGACAAGUUCCUCAUGCAACUUAGCAAGAUAGAGCGAGUUGCCACCAAACUCUCCAUUAUGAGUUACAUGGGAAAUUUCAUCGACAACCUUCAUGUCACCCAGCCUCAAAUCCUCGCUGUGAUUUCAAGCUCAAAAAGCGUCCGAAACUCUGCCAAAUUUAGGAAGCUGCUAGAAGUCAUUCUCGCCUUUGGAAAUUACCUUAACUCAAGCAAACGUGGGCCAGCCUAUGGGUUCAAACUGCAGAGUCUGGACACGCUGCUGGACACCAAGAGCUCAGACAAAAGGAUGUCGCUUCUCAACUAUAUUGUGCAAACUGUAAAACAAUAUUUCCCUGAGUUGAUGAACUUUGACUCCGAGCUCUCAUACAUCGAGAAAGCUUCUGCAGUUUCCUUGGAGAACGUUGUCCAUGAUGUUCAGGAGCUUGAGCGAGGAAUGGAUAAUGCGAGAAAAGAACUGGAACUGAGAACAAGUUUCAAAGAAGAAGUUGUUGUUCUCAAAGAUUUCCUCAUGAACUCCGAAGACAAAAUGAGGAAAUUAAUGGCUGAUGCCAAAAACGCCCAAGAGUCUUUCAGAGAUUGUGUCGAGUACUUUGGUGAAAGUCCUCGGCAAAUGGACGCCAACGUCUUCUUCUCAGUUCUCACUAGAUUUGUCAAAGCAUUCAAGGCCGCAGAUGUGGAAAAUGAGCAGAGGCUGCGGCUGCAGGCGGCUGCACAUGAGCACCAGCAAGCAGCCAUGAACGGCAACCACGACGGCUCUAAGAAGCUUAAUGGGCAAGCCAAUUCUCAGAAAAAGCAGCAGGAAGCGGUGAUAACAGAACUGAAACAGCGAGCCCGCUUGGUGCAGGAGACUCGUCUCAUGCCCCAGGACGAGGUAUACAAUGGUGCCCUGGAAGAUAUACUGUUGGGUCUGAAAAAUGAGCCGUACCGCCGGGCAGACGCUGUCCGACGCUCUCAGCGCAGGCACAACCGUCUUUCGCGCAAUAUGGAGGACUUUGACAUGUGAUAGUAAUUGAUAAAAUCAAAUCUCCAAGAAGAAAGCACCAUAAUAUGCAUUUGUUAAUUGCGCACUGCAUAUAGACAAAAAUUUCUUGUCUGCAUUUACUUUCAUUGGCCUCAUUUACCUUGUAAAAUAUUUCAGGGUUUAAAUGUUUUUGAGUGAAGUGUAAAUUUAUUCUUGUUAAGACUGUAUGAGCAAUUUAAGAGAAGCCUUGUUAUCAUUUAAAGUUCUUUUAAUAAAUCUAGCAUUACAUGAUGAUCUUGUGAUUAAUUCUGUAAAUUGUCAUUACUGAUUAGUUACCUUUGUACAAACAGAAUCUCGCGCAAUUCUCAAGAUAUUAUUGAAAAAUGUGUAUUCCGGUAUAUAUUCUUGUAUGAAUCUUUUGUAAGAACAAAUGUAAAACUGAUAUAAAGCAGAAAUUAUUUUGU